GUUCGAGUCCCGGCCCCGCCGCUUCCGCCUCCGGGGCCGGGCCGGGGUCGCGGCGCUGCCAUGUCCUGCCACUUGCAGAAGCUUUUUGGGACCGACGGGGAGCUGGAGGAUGAGGAUUUCCUCUCUGCUGUGGAAGAUGCAGAGAACCAGUUUGUGACCCCCGGGCAUUCCUCAUCCAGCGUCGUCCCGGUUCCUCCCAGUGAACCCCAUCCCAGUAACCCCCAUCCCAGUAAAGCCCCCACCCUCCGGCCCCUCGCCGGGCAGGGCGAGCCUCCCGUGGGAUUCCAGGGCCCCCCAUCUCUGGGGACAGUCCCCCAGGAUGAGCUGGACAAUGACCUUUUCCUGGCGGCCUGCACGGAGCUGAAGGGUCCUGAGGUGCCCCUGGGCGCUGGCACUGCCCUGGUGCCCCCCGGGCGCCGUGAGAAGCUGCCAUGGAAAUGCCCAGGGAAGGAGAACGCUCAGGAAUGUGGGGUCCCCAAAAAGCUCAGGGUGGGAGAGGAGCUGAUCCGGGGCUCCAGGGGGGUGCAGGACAGGCAGAGCCCCCUCCCCAGUCCCAAACUGGUGCUGCGGCCCAGCACGGCCGGUGCCUGCACCCCCAGACCCCCCAUUUCCACGGGAAGCUCCGGAGGCUCCAUCCCUGCCCCAGGGGCUCCGUGCCUGAGGCCCAUCCAAGCCCCCCUAGCAAGGAGCAGCCCCUCAGCACCCUGGACCCCCCCAGCACAGAGCUGCCCCCAGCCCCGGCCGCCCCCCAGACCCCCCUCAGGCUCCCCCAGCUUCCCGAACCCCCCGGUGGCUCCCAGCGCCCCCGUGGUCACCAACCACCUGGUGCAGCUGGUGGCAGCGGCCAGCAAAGCCCCCCGGGGACCCCCCCGAGCCCCCGGGCGCAGGGAGAGCCGGCGCUUCCCGGGGCCCGCCGGGAUCCUGCCCCAGCAGCACUCGGGGAAGCUGCUGGAGGAGAUCCUGGUGUCGGCUCCCCAGACUCCUGCUCACGGGGCUGUGGCAAAGCCGCGGGCUCAGGCACUGUCCAGCUCCCCACUGCCCGCCGAGGAGGAUUUCGGGAAGGGGCCCUGGCUGGCCAUGAAAACGGAGCUGGGGCUGGACGAGAGGGACCCCAGCUGCUUCCUCCACACCUACAGCGUGGUCAUGGUGCUCCGCAAGGCAGCCCUGAAGCAGCUCCCAAAAAACAAAGUGCCCAGCAUGGCUGUGAUGAUCAAAACCCUGACCAAGAGCAGCGCUGGUGCUGCUGCCGUGUUCCGGGACCCCACGGGGGAGAUGCAGGGCACCGUGCACCGGCUGCUGCUGGAGCAGAGGCAGAGCGAGCUCCGGGCUGGCUCCGUGCUGCUCCUGAGGCAGGUCGGGGUCUUCUCCCCCUCCCACCGCAACCACUACCUCAACGUGACCCCCACCAACCUCCUCAGGAUCUUCCCACCUGAGCCCGAGGGCUGCUCCCCCCGGCAGGUCCCUGCUCAGGCUGAGCCAGCCCCAGACCCCCCUGCACAGCCCACCCGGGGUGUCCCUGCUCCUGAGGACUGGGGACAGUCGAGGACAAGUGGGCACAGUGCAGAGCAGCGUCCUGGGGGCUUCUCCCUGUGCCCACCGAGCUCUGAUCCCAGCUGGGAAGAGCCAGCGGGAGCUGAUGGAUGUGACAUGGAUGACCUGGAUGGGCUCCUGGGAGAGCUGCCCGAGGAUUUCUUCUCAGCCCCAGCUCAGGUUGACUGUGGCUGAGCCCAGCAGCGGGUGACAGUGCCGAGGAGCAGUGACACACCUGCCACCCACCCACCUGCUCCUCCCUCUGCGUGUCCGUGCUGUUUGUGGUGGAGCUGAGAGCUGGGGAGGCCCGGGGGGCAAGUGUCCUCAGCACUGUCUCCAAUCCUGGGGCACAGGGGCCCCUCUCGCUCCCAAACCUGCAUUAAAGGGCUCUUUUGUUUCUGCAUCACCUGUGUCCUCGUGUGUCACCCCUCUGUCCUUUCCC